AUGUCUUCAGCCAUGUUAGUAGAUGAGGAGAUGGAAGACAGGCGAGAGCUGCUCCCACGAAACUCCCCUUUCGUCGGCUCCUUGCGCCAUGCACCGCAGAUGCUGCGGGGCCAACUUGAUCGGCUCCUGCGCCGGCGCGCCCCGGCCAGUCUUCCGGAUGAAGGCAUAGAUGAGAUGGAUGCCUCUCCAACCUCCAGCAAGGAGGAGCCGGAGCUAAACCCAGCUGAGAACAGCAGGGACGGGAAGCUUCCAUCGUCGUCGCCGUACGUAGGAUUCCAGCGACAUGCACCACCCUCCUCACCAGUUCUGUAUUUCUCAGUCAGCCCUCCACCAGCGUUGGCAGGCCUGAAAGAGCUGGAGCUCUCGAAGGAGUGUUUGCCAGGUGAGCUUCCAGAAGAGGUUUGGGUGGAUGUGCUUCAGUCCGUGAUUGAAGUGGACUGUUUGGCUGCUCUUUCUAGAGUUAGCGUGGCAUUCCACAAGGUAGUCGAGUCAGAAGAUGUCUGGCGAGAUCGGGCUGUCCGAGUUCCACCGAGUUGCCUCGCGGAUUUGGCUCCGCACCUGGGCCGAUGGCUUUCUGCUUGGGGCUCCGCGGAGAAACUGGUGCUGCCCCGCUCCGCUCAGCUUCUGAGCGAAGUGGCUUCCAGGGCUCCAGAUCUCCCAGUCGAGGUGAGCUGGCGAUUUGACCAACAUCUGAAAGGCCUAGGGGUGGAGGCACCUGCAGACUUUCUUUUCAGUGUUCCCUCACUUGCAGUCUGA